ACCUGCCCUGGUGACGAGGCCAGACCCCCUGCCCCGUCGGCGCACAGAUCCCCGGAGGUGGACCACGGUUGGACGGGAGGGAAAGGCUGGAACACAGCCGGUGCUACAGUCCCUUCCCAUCCCGUCCAACCCUGUGUGGUUCAGCAGUCCUAUGUUGGAUGCCAUGGAGGAGUUCGCUCCUUCCUCUGACUCCGACUGCACUGCUGUCCCACCACCUGGCCAGGCUUCUCCUGGGAGGUGUCGUCGGAGACCUGUGGCCGUCAAGCGCGCCGGACGGAGGGAGUUCACUCCUUCCUCUGAGUCCGACUGCAUUGCUGUCCCACCACCUGGCCAGGCUUCUCCUGGGAUGCGUCGUCGGAGACCUGUGGCCGUCAGGCGCGCCGGACGGAGGGAGCAGGUUGGUGUCACCGUUUUUCCCUUACAUUUUCAGUUGCCUGCGGUCUGUGGGGAGCCAACGGUCAUCAGGGAGGAGCCUGCUGUCCAGGAGGAAACCCAGGUGCCGCUGCAGGUCUCCACAGAUAAGGUUGCUUCUUUUCCUCUACCUAGUGAUAGUGGUACUGUUAGUGUUAGUGAACCUCAGUCCGUCUGUGGUCGUGUGGCAAUGGUCGCGAGGGAUUGUCGGGGAAUUAGGUUAACUAAGGUUGUGCGCGGAUCUUUUCACCAGGGGGAGAGCAGGUUUAGUUACGGAGGGAUGCAGUGCAUGGCCAUUGCUGCAAGUAGUAUAGCUAAGCAUGUGGUGAAAAGCGUGUUUUCGUGGGAGACACAGGAGCUCGAUCGCAUUCUGUAUUCCGGCGAUGACUUUUACAGUCGUUUGCGUAACCUGGGUAUUUUUAGCCAUCCGUCGCAUUUUUUGUCCGUGCCGGAUCUACCUAGUAAUGUACUUAUUGACGAGCAGUUGUUUAGUUUUCAUUUUAGUCAACACCCAGCAUCUGGUGCUCUGGGUGUUGAGCAGGAAAACGGUCCUUUUGUGACUCUGCGUAAUGGAUUAGAGGGAAUUUUCAGUCAGUACAGCAUGUGUCUGCUGACACUGGUAACGUCUACAUCUGCCAUCAUCUGUGAGGAUGGACAGUUCGCUGUGGUCGACAGUCACUCACGUAGUAGCUGUGGCCUGGUCGAUCACAACGGUACCAGUGUAAUACUGCACUUCUCCUGUUUAGAUGACCUGCAUCACUACAUCUGUUGUUUAGCUGACGCUCUCAGUCCAGGGCUGAAGCCUUUUGAGCUGUGUGGCGUUAGGGUUAGUGUAGGUGCAAGUCCAGCAUUGUCUGGAGCUUCUGUAGAGAGUUGCAUCUUUGAGAUGAACACUACUGCAGCACCUGAGCUUACUGACAUCAAAGAUGUUUGUGCCACCACCUCCUUGUUUGAGAGUGAUGCUGGUCCAGCUGUGAGCCACGCACAAUCCGGUGUUUCUGUGGAGAGUGGCUUCAUAGAGAUGAGCACUGCUUCGGCACCAGGAUUUAGUGACCUUGCAAAAAAUUCUGCAGCCCCAUCUGUGUGUCACAGUGGGAAUGGUGUUGAAGCGAGCCCAGCACUGUCUGGCGCUUCGGUUCUCACUUUUUUAAGUGAAGUUAGCAGUGGCUCAACAGCAGAAUUUGUUGCCUCUGAUGGCAAAAAGCGUAAGAUUUUUUCCCGUGAACGCAUGUCUAAACAAUCCAAGCGUUUUGACAGCAAUAUAGACAACUCUGAUGUAGUGUUUAUCACUGCAUCAGAGAGUGGGAAACUGUUUUUCCGUCCCCUCGGUGAAGACGUUUGUAGGGCUUUGUGUAGUCAAUUAAAAGUACAUUUUGUGAAAGUCGGUGGUCUGGUGCAUAGAGAGGUGGGCUACUUAGGUGUUCCCUGCCUUAGCGAGAAAAUAGUUCCGGAUGGGAACUGCUUUUUCAGAGCUGUUUCUCAGGCUGUCAGUGGUUCACAAAAGAACCAUCGUAAGAUUAGACUGGCAGCCUGUCGAGAGCUAGAAAAGAAUGAGGCUAGGUAUCGGGGUCUUUUGAGGAGCGAGAUGUCUCUUUUACAGUACAUCAAGCAGUCCAGGAUGAAGUGUGUCAACACUUGGGCCACAGAGGUUGAAAUCCAGGCCACUGCAGAUUAUUUAGGCAUUGACAUUUUUACUUUUCAUGAUGGUCGUUGGCUAAAGUAUCGUUGCAGCAGUAAGUGUUUGUCAGCGGACUGCAUUUACUUGGAAAAUGUCGGGGGCCAGCAUUUUGAGUACGUUGUUUGUGUUUUAAAGCCUGGACUGCACAGUUGUCAUGGUUAUUGUAAAUUAGGCUGGGAUAUAGGCUGUAGCACUAGGUCUUCAGUGAAAGAUGGAGCGGAGCACCCAUACCAGGAGUCGACCCCGGGCCGCCUGGGUGAUGUCCAGGAGGAAGCCCAGGUGCCGCUGCAGGUCUUCAUAGAUAAGGUUGCUUUUUUUCCUCCCCCUAGUGGUAGUGUUAGUGAACCUCAGUCCGUCUGUGGUCGUGUGGCAAUGGGCGCGAGGGAUUGUCGGGGAAUUAGGUUAAGUAAGGUUGUGCGCGGAUCUUUUCACCAGGGGGAUAGCAGGUUUAGUUACGGAGGGAUGCAGUGCAUGGCCAUUGCUGCAAGUAGUAUAGCUAAGCAUGUGGUGAAAAGCGUGUUUUCGUGGGAGAGACAAGAGCUCGAUCGCAUUCUGUAUUCCGGCGAUGAAUUUUACAGUAGUUUGCGCAACCUGGGGAUUUUUAGCCAUCCGUCCCAUUUUUUGUCCGUGCCGGAUCUACCUACUAAUGUAGUUAUUGACGAGCAGUUGUUUAGUUUUCAUUUUAGUCAACACCCAGCAUCUGGUGCUGUGGGUGUUGAGCAGGAAAACGGUCCCUUUGUGACUCUGCGUAAUGGAUUAGAGGGAAUUUUCAGUCAGUACAGCAUGUGUCUGCUGACACUGGUCACGUCUACAUCUGCCAUCAUCUGUGAGGAUGGACAGUUCGCUGUGGUCGACAGUCACUCACGUAGUAGCUGUGGCCUGGUCGAUCACAACGGUACCAGUGUAAUACUGCACUUCUCCUGUUUAGAUGACCUGCAUCACUACAUUUGUUGUUUGGCUGACGCUCUCAGUCGAGGGCCCAAGCCUUUUGAGCUGUGUGGCGUUAGGGUUAGUGUAGCUGCAAGUCCAGCGUUGUCUGGAGCUUCUGUAGAGAGUUGCAUCUUUGAGAUGAACACUGCUGCAGCACCUAAGCUUAGUGACAUCAAUGUUUGUGCAACCACCUCAUUGUUUGAGAGUGAUGCAGGUCCUGCUGUGAGCCACGCACAAUCCGGUGUUCCUGUGGAGAGUGGCUUCAUAGAGAUGAGCACUGCUCCGGCACCAGGAUUUAGUAACCUUGACAAAGAUUUUGCAGCCCCAUCUGUGUGUCAGACUGGGGCUGGUGUUGAAGCGAGCCCAGCACUCUCUGGCGCUUCUGUUCUCACUUUAAGUGAAGUUAGCAGUGGCUCAACAGCAGCAUUUGUUGCCACUGAUGGCAAAAAGCGUUUGUUUUUUUCUGGUGAACGCAUGUCAAAACAAUCCAAACGUUUUGAUAGCGUUCUAGUCAACUCUGAUGUAGUGUUUGUCUCUGCAUCUGAGAGUGACAAACUGUUUUUCCGUCCCCUUGGUGAUGACGUUUGUAGGGCUUUGUGUAGUCAAUUAAAAGUAGAUUUUAUGAAAGUCGGUGGUCUGGUGCAUAGAGAGGUGUGCUACUUAGGUGUUCCCUGCCUUAGCGAGAAAAUAGUUCCGGAUGGGAACUGCUUUUUCAGAGCUGUUUCUCAGGCUGUCAGUGGUUCACAGAAGAACCAUCGUAAGAUUAGACUGGCAGCCUGUAGAGAGUUAGAAAAUAAUGAGGCUAAGUAUCGGGGUCUUUUGAGGAGCGAGAUGUCUCUUUUAGAGUACAUCAAGCAGUCCAGGAUGAAGUGUGUCAAGACUUGGGCCACAGAGGUUGAAAUCCAGGCCACUGCGAAUUAUUUAGGCAUUGACAUUUUUUCUUUUCAUGAUGGUCGUUGGCUAAAGUAUCGUUGCAGCAGUAAGUGUUUGUCAGCGGACUGCAUUUACUUGGAGAAUGUCGGGGGCCAGCAUUUUGAGUCUGUUGUUUGUGUUUUAAAGCCUGGACUGCAAAGUUGUCAUGGUUAUUGUAAGUUAGGCAGGGAUAUAGGCCGUAGCACUAGGUCUUCACUUAAAAAUGGAGCGGGGCUGGCAGUAGAUGGGAUAGAUUGUAAAGGUAAAGAUUUUAUAGAGGUUGUAGAGGGUAGUACAAUAAGUAGGGAUUCUAGUGCGACAAAGUAUUUAAAGCGUAAGAAAAGACUGCAGGAUACAUUUAAUUUUAACCGUCGCGAGAGACGUGCCCUGCUUUAUAGGAAAAUGUAUAGUGACGACUUGAAAUUCAGGGAGAGCUAUACAUCACGAAGUGUUGACAAAUACAGAUAUAGCUUUGAGCACAGACAAAGGGUGAAAGCACGCACAGUAGGAAAGUACAGGGAGAAUUUGGGUCACAGGAUCAUGGUUAAAAAACGCAGUGUAGCGAGAUACAGGGCUGACAUUGAACACAGGCAAAGGGUCAAAUACGGGAGUAAAGUGGCGAGUAAAACAAAAUACAUUAAUUUAGAAUACAAGGCCAAAGUUAAAGCACGCAGUGUUGCUAAAUACAGUGACAAUAUUGCCCAUAGAUACUGUGUUAAAGCACGCAGUGUUGCUAAAUACAGUGACAAUAUUGCCCAUAGAUACUGUGUUAAAGCACGCAGUGUUGCUAAAUACAGUGACAAUAUUGCCCAUAGAUACUGUGUUAAAGCACGCAGUAUAGCCAAAUACAGUACAAAUAUUGCGCACAGAGAAAGGGUUAAGUUUGGGAGUAAAGUGGCGAGUAAAAUAAAGUACAUGGACAAUUUAGAACACAGGCAAAGGGUUAAACUAGGCAGCAAAAGGCAGUAUAGUGUUAGUUUAAAACAUAGGCAGCAAGUAAUAGCUAGUGUACAGCUGAGUCGGAAGCAGAGGCUGGAGAGGUCUGUAGAUUUUGGUUUUGUCAUGGAUAGUUUUUUGGAUAAGGUUAGACACGGACCGGAUUUCGUGUGUAGUGUUUGUCAUAGGCUGCAGUUUAAAUAUCAGGUGCUGCGCUGUGAGAGGGAAGUAUAUGCAGCACGUUUAGCAACGGCAGGCAUUGCAAAUAAUUGCAUUAGUGAGCAUUAUCUGCAUAGUUGUGAUGAUAAGUGUGUUGAGCCCUGUCCCAUUGUUGAGUCCAGAGGUCAGUUGUGGAUUUGUUUUACUUGUCAUAGUAAGAUCAGUAAAGGUCAAUUCCCAGCUGAAUGUUGGAACAAUAACUUAGCUGUACACCCCAUUCCUCCAGAACUGGGAUGUCUGAAUAGCUUAGAGCAGCACCUGAUAGCUUUACGCAUCCCUUUUAUGAAGGCGUUGGCGUUGCCUAAGGGUGGUCAGAAUGGUGUACACGGGCCAGUUACUUGUGUUCCGGCCAACAUUGUACAAACCACAAAUGUGUUGCCGCGGUCCAGUACGGAGGGGUCUCUGCUUCAAGUUAAGUUAAAACGGAAAUUAACCUACAAAGGACACUACGAGUAUCAAUUUGUUGACUCGUGGCGUGUCAGGCGUGCUAUAGAGUACUUAAAGAGAACUAAUGUCUUGUAUAAAGACAUUGAGUUCAACGUGGAAUGGUUAAAUGAUUUUUGUAGGGAAGAAGAGGUUGUAGAGGCUGGUCAGGGUAAGCAGGUUGUUGUUGACACACAGUCCAGUGAGGAUGAGGCUGUCGAGCAGGACAUUGGGGUAGAAGAAGAAUCCGAAGACAUAGCACAAGAUGAAAUGUUACAUGACAGACAACAGCACUGCAUGUUUCAGGACACUUGUCUUAUGCCUGUUGAUAUCGGUCAGGAAGCAUUAGAUCAGUAUUUUGCGGAUGUUGUAUGUCUGGCCCCCGCGGAAGGUAAUAGUCCGGUUAGAAUGCUUUCUGACAAAUUAAAUGAGGCGAAGUGUUUCCCUGUGCUGUUUCCGACUAGCACAAAUACAUUCCACACCCGCCGCACGCAUCGCUUAACAUUGUCGCGCUACUUUAAUAAUCGGGUAAUGCACGCCGACGGCCGUUUUGCGCGCAAUGUGGAAUACAUAUUCUUUAGCCAGUAUAUGUCCGAAUUAGACAAAGUGAUAAGUAGUAUUUCGGUCGCCAUGCGUAAAGGUAAGGGGGGUCAGCAUUCUCAGCGGAUUUCCCCGGGCAUGCUCAAAGACGACGAGUCUCUGAAGCGCUUGCUACAGUUCGAUGACGGUUUUCGUUUCCUUCGGCCCAUUCGCGGGACGCCAGCUUUUUGGUCUUCCGUUCAGAAAGACCUUUUGGCUUGUGUCCGCCAAUUGGGGAUUCCUACAUGGUUCUGCUCUUUUUCUUCUGCUGAUUUGCGCUGGCAAAAUCUCCUUGCCAGCAUCCUGAGACAGGAAGGCAGACAGCAGACAGUAGAACAGUUAGAGUGGGCCGAUAGGUGCGAGCUGUUGCGUCGCAACCCGGUCACAGCCGCGAGGAUGUUUGACUACAGGUGGCACUGUUUUUUGAAGGAAGUACUCAUGUCCCCGUCUCAACCAGUUGGCAAGAUUGUAGAUUUCUUUUAUCGCAUUGAGUUCCAGCAGCGUGGGUCCCCCCAUGUUCAUGCGCUGUUUUGGAUUGAGGGAGCUCCCCAAAUUUAUAAAAACACAGAUGUAGAAGUUGCAGAGUUUGUUGAUAAAUAUGUCACAUGUGAGCUACCCUCUGGCGAUGACACACUAUUGGAAGUUGUGUCAUCGGUUCAAACGCAUUCAAAACGGCAUUCAAAGUCAUGUCGUAAAAAUAAAACGGUAUGUCGUUUCAAUUUUCCAAAACCCAUCUCUGCACGCACGUUCAUCUGCAAAAUCAAAGAAUGUGUUUGUCCUAAAAAGGGAACGGGGACAGAGGGUGAUCGCACUUCAGAAAACAGGCCAAAGUGCACCUGUUUUGACGAUGAGGGAAGGAAGAUGCCAAAGGAGGUUGCGAAGAUGUUUAUGGAGAGAGUAAAGAAUGCCAUGGGGAGGGAGGAGCCUUUUGGUAGUGUAGAAGAGUUGUUUGCCAGUGUGGGCAUCAACCAGGAAGUCUUUGAGCUCGCUUAUAGGCGGCUGGAGACUAAGAAUAAGGUGGUUUAUAGGCGAGGGGUAAACGACACCUGGGUUAACCAGUAUAAUAGGAAUCUAUUAAAGUGUUGGAACGCUAACAUGGACAUUAGCUUUGUCACUGACGCCUACGCAGUCAUCAUAUACAUCAUAAAGUACAUAACAAAAUCAGAGACCGAAAUGGGUCUGUUAUUGAGCAAUGCCCUUAAGGAAGCAAAUAAACUAGGAAAUCUCUCUGCUAAAGACGCUCUAAAGAAACUGGGCAGUGUAUAUUUACACAACAGAGAUGUCUGCGCUCAGGAGGCAGUGUAUAGGCUAAUGAGCAUGCAUUUGAAGGAAUGUUCCAGGAAGGUCGUGUUUAUUCCAACAGGGAAUAACAUUGUGCGGAUGAGUUUACCCCUCAGUGUGUUGUUGCAAAGGGCUUCCUCAGAGGGCCUUAGGUCCGAAAACAUGUGGAUGACAAGCAUUGUCGAGAGGUAUAAGAACAGGCCCGAUAGUGUCGUGUUUGAGGAUAUGUGCAUAGCCACGUUUUGUUCGGAGUAUCGUAUUCUCACCCAGAAUGAAAACCCGGACAAUAAAAUUGAACUUCAAGGGGGUUUAGGGUUCGUCUUGCGGAGAACACGAACGCAGUUUGCCGUCGUUCGCUACAUGCGGUUCAAAUUGGACAAACAGGAGGAAGCCCACUUUCAGAGUUUGCUGCAGUUGUUCCUUCCUUAUAGAACUGAUUUAGAGCUCAAGCCGGAAGGCUUUGAGUUCUACAAACAGUUCCACGAGGAAGGUAAUGUGACGUCGGCUGGCGGGACCGAGCGGCCAGUGCGAGACGUCGUCGAUGAAAACAGGGCAAAGUUUGAAGUGGACUGUCCUCGAUUAGAGCGUGCGCAGGAGAUUGCGGACAUGUUGGGCGGUGUCGACGAGGAUGCGUGGGGGGACCUUUGUCCUGAACAGCAAGUCGAACACAUGGAAUGUUUAGAGGAGAGGCGGCAGCAGCAGCAGGGGGAAAUUAGGGACGAGCAGCUAGUUGAAUUGGAGGAAAAUGUCCCCGAUUUGUUUGUUGGUGGUAAACAAGUAGCUACGAUCGAGAGAAACACCAACAUUUUGCCUAGAAGGGAGGGUUUAGCUCUGGUCCAUUCUCUCAAUGAGACGCAGAGGAGCAUUUUUGAUAGGAUUAGGAAAUGGUGCCUAGAAAAGGUGAUGGGAAAAACCCCAGAACCUUUCCAUGUGUUCGUAACUGGUGGGGCAGGUACUGGAAAAAGCCAUUUGAUUAGAGCUAUCCAGUACGAGGCAGGGAGACUAUUGUCGCGUCUGUACCAACCGGAUGAAACCUGCGUACUCUUAACUGCUCCCACAGGCAUCGCUGCAUACAGUUUACAUGCAGCCACAAUUCACCACACCUUUAGUAUUGGCAUGCAGGUUAGUUUACCGUAUAUCCCUCUGGGUGAAGAUAAGAUAAACUCCUUGAGGGCUCAAUUUGGUCACCUACAAAUUCUAAUCAUUGACGAAAUCAGUAUGGUAGAUCAUCAUCUUUUAGCUUAUGUGCAUGGCCGGUUAAGGCAAAUUAAACAGACGGGGGACUUUUCUCCAUUUGGCAAUGUUAGUGUUGUAGCUGUUGGUGACUUUUAUCAGUUGCCGCCCGUUAAAGGGAGGCCGCUGUACACCUGUCAGGUGGGUGUGGACCUCUGGUGUCAUUUCACAAAGGUAGAACUAAAAACAGUUGUGAGGCAAAAAGAUAGUGUCUUUUCUGAGCUGCUAAAUAGACUUAGAGUUCGGUCAAAGGAAACCCCAUUAUCGCAAAGCGACGUCGAUAUCCUCAAGUCUCGGGAGACGGGGGAACAGAGCGCUGCUUUGCAUAUUUAUCCCACGAAUAUGCAAGCCAGCGAGCAUAAUCUGAAGCGGUUAUUCGCAACCUGUCCAGAUUAUGUUACAAUUGAGGCCCAAGAUUUUAUUAACAGCAGGAAGACGGGUGAAUUAGAGCGCGUGGUCGGGCAUCACGGUAAAACGUCGUACACGUGUUUGGCCAAGAGUUUGUGUUUGGCUCCGGAAGCACGUGUCAUGCUUUGUAAAAAUGUUGCUGUGGCAGACGGUCUGGUCAAUGGCGCAUGUGGAACGGUGACUUAUAUUCAAUUUGGAGCAGAUGAAGACUUCCCCCUCGUAGUCUAUGUCAAAUUUGAUGAUCCUAAGAUAGGCUCACAAAGGAGAAAGGAACGUUCCCAUGCUGCUGUAGAAUGCCCGCAUUCUACUGCCAUUGACCCCGUGGAGGAUUCGGCGACAAAACGCGGCGGUUUGCGUCGUCAGUUUCCUCUUAAACUCGCGUGGGCCUGCACUGUUCACAAAGUGCAAGGUCUAACUGUCGACGAGGCUGUCGUGUGUUUACACAAGAUUUUUGCAGCUGGGCAGGCGUAUGUCGCCCUCAGUCGUGUUAGGGAUAUAUCCGGCCUUGUGAUUACAGAUUUUGAGGAAAAGGCCAUUUACUGCAAGCACACCGUCAAGGGGGCAUUGGAUAGCAUGCCCCCAUUCCUACUUGAACAUCCACAGCCUUCAUUAGAAACUCCCUGUUUCUCUGUGUAUUUACUUAACGUCCAAAAUUUACGUAGCCACGUCGCUCAUUUGGUGUCUUGUACGCAGCAUUUACAGCCUACCUGUAUUGCUGUCACAGAGACGUGGCUCAGUGCACAAUCCUCAACAGACUGUGUCCAAAUAGAGGGAUACACUUUCCACAGUCGUCCUCGAGCCUUGUGUUACAGCAGCAAUGAUGUCAAAUUAUCUGAGAUUAGAGAUCUCGAACAUGGCGGAGUGGGAUUAUAUGUUGUAGAUAAUUCGGACUGUGAGAUUCUGCAGGUGCCCGAUUUAAAUCUGGAGUGCUUGGUGUGCCUGUUUACCAAAGAGAGCCUUUUGAUGGCAGUAAUUUAUCGUCCGCCAUGUUAUCCAAUUUCACUUUUUAAAUCCAAUCUGGUUAAGUUACUUGAUUGUGUAAAUCCCAUCAGUAACACAAUUGCUAUAAUGGGCGAUUUUAAUGAAGACCUCCUCAAACAUUCAUCAAUUUCUAAAUUAAUGGGCCAAAAUGGAUUUUGCCAGCAUGUAACACAAGAGACUACAGAGAGUGGGACAUUAAUUGACCAUGUUUAUGUCAAAACUACACAGUAUGCUGUGGAUUGUGCAGUGGUGUCCACUUAUUUCAGUGACCACGAAGCCAUCCUGUGUGGUUUUCGUG